AUUGAAUAGAAAAGAGAUGGAGAUAUACGUAUGAUCAUCUGUCACCACUAUCACCAACCAUAUCACUUGUCAGGUUAUAAAUUAUGAUAACCGUGAGAUAAUGUAGACUUUACAAUCGAUAACAAUCUUGCAAGGUAGAAAGUAUAAUGCGGAAUUCAGUUUUUAUCACCUUUUUCUCGUCCCGAUAAUGUUUUGUUCAUAAAAGGUGAGCGUGAUUAUUGUUUAAACAACCGCUAACAGAUGUGUUAGAAAAUGGAUCAAAAUAACCGCGACAAUAAAGACAGGAACAUAGAUUGGUCCCGCUUUGGCCUAGGAUCAGAAACAGCUCAAAGGGUCCGUGCAAACACUAGUGGUUUCGUUGAUUUAUCUAACGAUUAUGGAGCUGGGGGCCACCAAGCAUCCGGUGCUAACGAACUCUUCGCCGAGGAGCAGGGUGACGUCCCUUGGUGGAAAUCAAACUUUUUCAUAUCACAGCCAGUUCUGUUUGGCACUUGGGACGGUGUUUUCACCUCAUGUCUCAUUAACAUUUUUGGGGUGAUUGUGUUUCUGAGGUCGGGAUGGAUUGUGGGCCAAGCUGGCGUAAUCAGUGCAGUAUUAAUUGUUUUAGCAACUGUGUUUAUUGCUCUUAUCUCGGUAUUGUCAGCAGUGGGCAUCUGCGAAAGAUGUCGAAUUGAAAGUGGCGGUGUUUAUUUUGUGAUAGCACACGUACUUGGGUCAAGAUUUGGGGGCUCUUUGGGGCUACUGUAUUGCUUUGGCCAGGCCGUAGGUUGUGCUUUAAAUGUGCUAGGUUUUGGGGAAUCAAUGGCUGAAUUGAUAGGUUUUGGAGAUUCCAAAAUCGCAGUUAGGGUUAUUGCAGGGGCGGCUGUUUUACUCUUAAGUGUGAUUAACGUUGCUGGCGUUAAAUGGGUCAUAAAACUGCAAUUUAUACUUUUGUUAAUACUACUUUUGGCCGGAUUGGAUUUUAUGGUUGGCAGCUUUGUUCAUACUGAUGUCGAGAAUGGUUUUGAUGGUUGGUUGGGAGGCAACUUGCAUGAAAAUUUAUGGUCGAGUUACAAGGAUGGUUAUAGUUGGUUUACUGUAUUCGGGGUGUUUUUUCCAACCAUUACGGGGAUUUUAUCUGGGAUUAAUAUGAGUGGAGAUUUAAAAGCGCCAUCUACAAAUAUACCAAAUGGAUCAUUGGCUGCUAUCAGCACUGGAACUUUCCUUUAUUUAGUUUUUGUUGUAUUCCUAGGGGCGACUUGUCAUAGAGACGUUUUAUUGACUGAUUUUAUGAUCGCCGCUAAAGUUUCUGCCAUUCGUGUCUUAUUAUUGGCUGGGCUUUAUGUCUCCUCAAUGUCCAGCUGUUUGGGGGCUAUGUAUGGGACUCCAAGAGUCUUACAAUCAAUAGCUUUAGAAAAUGUCAUUCCAGGAAUCAGUAUUUUAGGAAUGGGGAGAGGACCAAAUAAAGUUCCCCUAUACUCAAUGGCAGUUGUUGCAAUUGUAACACUGACAUUUAUAAUGAUAGGGGAAAUAAAUACGUUAGCACCAAUUGUAACAAUGCCUUAUUUACUGACAUAUGCAUGUAUAGACUAUUCAUAUUUUGCUUUAGCCCAAACUUUUGAUAUACAACAUCAAAGAGAACAGCGAUUUGAUCGUCCGAAAAUCCACCAAACAUUCAGUGUGGAAACCGAUGACGACCUCGACCGCCUGUUUCCCGAACGCACAAGACACAAAACUCUUCGGGGAGAAUCCAACUCAGGUUCGCCUAGCAGCCCCGACGAUAACAUCGAAACGACACCCAUCGCCCCAAAAACCCACAUUCACUCAAAACCGAAAAACUGGUACUCCAACUUAUGCAAUCGGUGGUUUUCACUUUUCGGUGCUGCUUUAAAAAUCAUAAUCAUGUUUCUCGUAAACUGGGUUUAUGCAAUUGCUUGUAUAAGUGCUGUAUUUCUUGUAUGGUUGUACAUCGGGACUGCUAAUCCAGCUGUUAAGCCCGGACUAGCCUCAGAAUUUCGCUUUUUCAGAUGGCUGAAAACGGUCAUUUUGAGAUGCAUGGGGAAAAGAGUCUAUGACUACGAACAAAUCGUUGUUACCCCCGUCCAUCCAGGCCUUGAUGUGACCUCAUCACAAUUAAAUGAAGAUAAUGAAGAUUUUUCAAAUCGCCGACGUUAUCACCAAUCAGCCACUGUGCACGGCCAUAUGGUGGCCAUAGACGACUAAUCUGCCUCAUUUUACUUAACAACACUAAUUGUAUAUAUUUUUGUAAUUAUGGACUUAUCAAGAUUAAUGUUGGAAUUAUAACCGUUAUUACCAGUCUUUUUUAUGACACAACCUAUUUUAUUAUUUAAUUUAUUUUCAAUAUAAUUUAAUGACAAA